AUGACCGAAAAAGUCAAUGUACAGUUUGGUUUAGCAUUCGUUCAACUCAUCAACGUGAAUGAAAAGAGUCAAAUAAUGAAAUCAAACGUUUGGUUGAGACUUGUAUGGAGGGACUAUCAAUUACAAUGGGACGAAGCAGACUACGGUGGUAUACAGGUGCUCAGGUUACCACCGGACAAAGUGUGGAAGCCGGAUAUAGUGUUGUUCAACAAUGCUGAUGGAAAUUAUGAAGUUCGUUACAAAUCGAACGUGCUCAUUCGACCAAAUGGAGAACUUCUAUGGAUACCACCGGCAAUUUACCAGAGCUCCUGCACCAUAGACGUUACAUAUUUUCCUUUUGAUCAGCAAACUUGCAUAAUGAAAUUUGGCUCUUGGACAUUUAAUGGCGAUCAAGUAUCGUUAGCGUUAUACAAUGACAAACAGUUCGUCGACCUGUCUGACUACUGGAAAUCCGGAACUUGGGAUAUUAUAGAGGUACCUGCGUAUCUGAACGUAUACCAGGAGUCGCCUACCCAGACGGACAUAACGUUCUACAUAGUGAUUAGAAGGAAAACUCUGUUCUACACAGUGAAUUUGAUACUGCCCACGGUCCUCAUAUCUUUCCUGUGCGUGCUAGUGUUCUACUUGCCAGCCGAAGCUGGUGAAAAGGUCACGCUGGGCAUCAGCAUUUUACUGUCACUAGUCGUCUUCCUAUUGCUCGUCUCCAAAAUACUGCCACCCACUUCUUUAGUACUGCCGCUCAUCGCCAAAUACUUGCUAUUCACGUUCAUCAUGAACACCGUCAGUAUAUUGGUCACUGUUAUCAUUAUCAACUGGAAUUUUCGAGGUCCUCGUACCCAUCGUAUGCCACCUUGGAUCAGGACUGUGUUCCUAUACUAUCUUCCAGCAUGCAUGUUCAUGAAACGGCCGAAGAAAACGCGACUGAGGUGGAUGAUGGAAAUGCCGGGUAUGAGUGGUCCUCCACAUCCGCACCACACGUCGCCGUCGGACCUACCCGCGCCCGCGCCCCCGAGUUCCGCGACGCCGUCCAAACACAAGAUGGAGGCAAUGGAGCUGGCCGACCUGCAUCAUCCCAACUGCAAGAUCAACCGAAAGGCAAGCGCGGAGAGGAGGGAGAGUGAGAGCUCCGACUCGCUAAUCUUAUCGCCGGAGGCAUCCAAGGCCACCGAAGCAGUGGAGUUCAUCGCCGAACACUUAAGGAACGAGGAUCAAUACAUACAGAUAAGAGAAGACUGGAAGUACGUAGCGAUGGUUAUUGAUCGGCUGCAGUUGUAUCUGUUCUUCUUUGUCACCACCGCCGGCACCCUUGGCAUACUAAUGGAUGCCCCUCAUAUAUUCGAGACUGUCGACCAGGACAAAAUCAUCGAAAUCUACGGCGGAAAAUAA